ACAUAUUGAUACAUAGAAAAUUAUACAUAAACCCAUUGGUUCUGGGUGAGCAAUACGUCUCAUGAUGAAAAUCUUUGCCUGAGGGCCGGGGUGAUGGGGAUGUCUCAACGUGUGAUAUUGAUGCUGAGUAGCAGGAGACAGGGACAUCGUGCCAUGAGUGCGCAGAGCUUUAGGAAGGAGAUUGGACUCAGAGGGCCUUUAGAGAGGGUUUUUUCUUUAUUUCCAUGGAGCCACGAAGCGCUGGAUCCAAUGGAUUAAGUGACAUUGAGUUUUAAGAUGUUGCCAGUUUUUCAGCUAGUUGAGUAUAUUUGAGUUUGUAGUAAUAUAGAACAUUUUUAUUUAUAUAUAUAUUUUUUUGAUUUGUAAAUAUCCUUUAUCUUUGGUAUUAGUGAAUUUGCUUAUACAGCUUGGGGUAAUAUUUUCAUGUUUUGUAUCCAGUAUAGAUAAGGGGUAUAAUGAUCUCAGAAAUCUGAAUGUGGGUGUUUCCUCUGAACAUCGUAAGAAAAUAAUCUUGAACUUUUAGGGGUCUCUCACACAAUUCAUAUAUAGUUUCAGAUAAGAGAAGAAAAGUUCAGAAUGUAAUUUCACCUUUUUUUUUCUUUUCUCUUAGAAAAAGUGAACCAUCCUGCUGUACAAGCUUUAGCCAAACAGCUGGACCUUUGGGUUUAUUAAACUUGUGGCUUUUCCUGCUGCGGACACUCCUGGUGUCAAUGCUAUGACUGCAGCAGAGAUCACGACAGGGAUGCCCCAAGGGUCAACCAGCACACCGGGUCGGGCUUUCAUCAACAGCAGCUUAGUGGCGUUAAGUGGAGACCCCACACCUAAUGAUGUGACAGCACCUGAUGCUGCCAAAGACUUCACGGGCAACCUCAUGGACACUGCAGUGCCUGGUGAAGAUUUUGACCCGGCUGGGACUUCCAUUCCUCAAGUCAUUAGUUUUGAUGAUGUGGCUAGCAUUGUGCAUGAGAGGAGCGAAGGGCAGGAUCAUCGGAGAGAGGGCAUGACACUGCCUCUAGGUGGUCCAGCUGUUGAUCAGUGGCAUCUGCUGGAGUGCCACUUUGGUUUGCCCCUGUUUGAUGCUUCUCUCAACCAGCAAGUCUCCCAGAAGAUCAUCUUGCAUCAGCUUUUUAGCUCAUAGAGCAUUGAAAAAUUCAGUGAAUCCAACACCAGAUUAAUUCACAGCUUAAGGAACUUUAUCAGUGGAAAUAAGGCACAAGGUGUAUGUACAGAGGUGCAGCAGAGGGGAGGCUGCCGUGAAGGUGCUUCCAACUUGCCCCUACCCACCACACCCCUGCUCUUCUGUGGAGGUUCUUUAGCCCCUUGGGAGGGUUCCUGAUAAUAAAAAUGCAAGAGGAAUUAGCACAUUUGGAGAUAAGUAUGCAUGAGUUUGUGGAAAGAAUGUGUGAUUGGAAGCAGGUUUGCCUGGAUAACAUGAAUGUAUUAAUGAAGAGGCAUAUUAUCUAACUAAGGCCAAGUGUGACGUGUGGAGAUUGGAUUUAAAUGAGUCAUUUGACAGUACGAGUAAUGAAAUAACCGUGACUACAAGGUAGAAAUCUAUAUUUUUCUCCCCUUGGGCUAUAUAUACUGUAGUGCAUCCUGUAAACCUGCAACUUAGAUUCUAAUAAAGGUGUAAGAGUUCUUAGAUAACAGAUGUGAAUCUGCAAGACACUGUAAAUUAUGGCAACAAGUCAUAUCAAGAGUACUGUGCAAACUUUUGGAUAAAAGCUUAAUGUGUAUGCAUUAUUAUCAGUGUUAUUAUUUAAAGUGAUAUUUAGGUGUGUGAUCAUAUGUACAUUCCAACAGGCUUUUGUUUAUAUCUGUUCACAUGUACAGCAUACAUGUAUACAAUGCUAUAGAGUUAUAUUCAUCAUAAUGGCAAAACAUAAUAAAAAAAAAAGUUACAGAAUGCAUCACACAUAAAAAGUAUAGUCAUGGCCACUCUCAUGUACACAUCCAUAUACAUUAUCUCAUUUAUUCUCUCUGUUUUUGCUCUUGCUGCCUCUUGCUCUAUCUUUCUCUCAGUCACUCUUGCUUUUAGAAAUUCUUUCCUGUAUGCAUUCGAAGCAUGUAUAUAUGUAUACA